UUACGAUUUGACGUCUUGGUAGCCAAUUAAAUCCCAUAAAAUCACUGACAACAGCUACAAACAGCUACUCAUACAAGAAAGGAACAUGCCUUUGAUUUUCAAAAAGUUUUGACCAAAGAAAUUUUUUACUCUAGCGAGUGGUUUUGACUGUUGCUACUUGGUUGCUACUUGUUGAAUUGCAAAGUGCGAAAACAAAACAUUAAAGUUAAAUAAAUUUCUGAUUGUUAAAAUAUAUAAAACAAGUUAGUAAUGGAUCAAUCAUAUUCAGAUAGCGAUGUUACUAUAUCUCCUUCGCAAAUAUUAGAGCGAUUGGAAAUGCUGAGGCAAAUACAAGUAUUACAGAGAAGUAAGCUGCAAAAACAAAUGAAUUUUCAAGAUUCCUCUGAGUUAACUAAGUCAAUUACAGAAAUUGUAAGUCAUUUUAGCGACAGCACAAGCUACAACACGUUUCGCUCCCUAUUAGAAUCUGCUCAAGAAACUGAAAACGACACUGAACAGUCGACACAAGCAAGACGAAAUUCACAGCGAGGUAGUUUACAAAAUGUUAUUGAAGGUGUUACUCUACUAAAUCUAUCUCAAGAAUCAGAAUUCAUAAAUGAUUCUCCUUCUUCCACAAAGAGUUCGGUCACCAACAAUAAACCUACAAAUAAUAAGGCCUGUACUGUGAACAAAGUGAGUGUGCCGACAAUAUCUAUUUCACUUGACGAAAUGCCUAUUUUAUCUCCAAGGAAAGAUUUCGAAACAUUGUUAUUAGAAAAAUUAAAGAAAGAAGAGAAAACUGCAAGUGUAAAUACAAAAAGGUCUGCACAAACCGACACCUCUGUCACAGCUGUUUCUAAAAAACCCUUUCUAAAACGUGGAGAAGGUAUGGCUCGAUUUGGAUUAAAUAAACAGGAUCUUGUUAUUCAGAACACAAAAGCUUUGCCUUGGAAGAAAAAUAAAAACACAAACCAAAGCUACAAGAGGAAGUCUAUUUUAAAAAAUAAUAAGAAAAACAAUGUAAAAAUAAAAGUCUCAGAAUGUAAAGUGAAUUGUGACACAGAACAAAUUUUGGAAAUACAAGAAAAAAGCUUAAUGCAAAAGCCAAAAAUGAGACAAAGUGAACAUUAUCAUGAAACAAAAGAACAGAGUUCAAGAGUCUCGGAAAUUGAGCCUGAACAGAAUGUUUCACAGAAGAUGCAGGAUCCCAUGCCAAAUACAAAGGGAAAGACUUGGGCAUCUGUCCUCUCCAAAGAACAGAAUGAUCUGCUUAUGAAAUUGAAACAAAGUGACUACUACAAAAACUUUCUUUCACCGGCAAAAAGUAUAUAUUCUGACAUAAGUUGUGACGAAAACAUAUCAAAAGUAAGACAAGAAAAAGAAAUUGCCGAACAAAACUUAUUUGAACUGUUGGAAAAUAAAGUGAACCAUGGUAGUUUUAGUAUUGAGAAUUCUUUCUUUAAUAGAUUUUUGGGAAGAACAGCCUUGGAGAGUUCCGGUGAGAGUACUCCAUUUAUUUUAAAAAAAUGUAUUGUUGAUAACCCCAAAUUAAUGAAUAUUGCACCAAGCAUUUCUUCAGAACUUUCACAAUUAAAUUGUAACUCAGAAACAUGCACCUGUGAUGAAUGCAACGAUACUUGCUCCUCGGUAUCGUGUUGUUGUUCAUGUAAAACUGUUACUGAAAACGAAAACCCCCAGCCUAAAAAACAGAAAGUAAAUAAGAAGUCUGGCACACCAAAGACUGAAGAAAAACCAAGUCAAAAAACAAAUUGCCAAAAUGAUUCUGUUGUCAAUAAUGAAGUAAAAAUAAAUAUGGCAGAAAUGAAUGCCAAGUUACAAGCCACAAGUGAAUUAUUAAAAGAGCGACUCAAAGAAUUGGAAGAUGAAAUUGAAACAUUCAGAAAAGAAAAUUUAAAUCUCACUAAAAUGCGAGAAGAAAUUGAAUUGGAGCGUCAAAAGAUUUAUGAAGAAAAACAGGAGUAUGAGAAAAAAUUCAAUGAAGAUAAAAUUUUAUCUGAAUACUAUUUAGCUGAAGAAAAAGAAAAAAUACAGAAACAGAAACAAUUAUAUGAAAGAUACUUGAGAGAUAUAAGAGGUAGGCUAAACAAAAAGGAUAAGGAUGAAGUACUAAAUUUAAAAAAGGAAGUAGAAAACCUAAAAGAAGAAAUACGCAUUAAAGAUGCAAAGUCAACAACUGCUUUAGCACGCCUCAGGAAUCAAAUCAAAAUAAUGGAAAAGGAAAAGAAAAGCUUCAUUGAAGAAAUAGAAAAAUUAAAAAAAGAAAAUAGAAGGAUUCAGCACAGUAAUGAUAUAACUAGGAGAUUAACAAACAUCAAAUAUUUAGAACAAAUAAAUAGGAAACUUAACAGCCGAACAAUAGGAGAUGAAAGAAUAGAAGUUGAAUUAGAUCCAGACAUAAAGUAUAAAGCUCAUGCCAUCGAAAGACAGAGUCGAUCUCGAAUGACUCAGCCACAAAAUAAACCUAUUGCAAUGAGACCAAGAGCAAAAAGUGUCCCUAACCUGAAUGUAACAUCUAGGUAUGCCAAAUAUUUUAGCCAGAAGGACUCAAUUAGUGACCUAGAGAAGUAUAAAUUAGGAAAUGACAAUGAUUUUGCAUCAAUUAAUGAAGAUAGCGACAAUGAUAUUGCUGAAGAUUUAGAUGACAAGGAUAUAAAUACUUCAAGAAAUUCAUAUUUGUAUGAUGAUGACAACAAUCUUGAAAAAAUUUAUAAUGAUAGGUUUAGAGACAAUGUGCCUUCUAACAAAAUGCAUUCCAAAAAAAAUUUAGAUGGAUACAGUGAUGAGAACACUUCAAAUUUCUUUUUGAGUAAAGAUAAUGGGGAGCGCACUGAGAAAUCAAAGAGACUAUCUAAAUCCUCGUGUACAGGAUCAGUUCAUACAGACAACAGUCCUACAGUUUCUAAUACAUCCAGAUCACCUAUUUUUUUACCCAACUAUAGUACAUCCAGUGGAAUUUCCACAAAUAAUUCCGGAAAUGUUUCAUUAAAUGACAAUAGUAGGAAUUCUGCACAAAAUAAAACUUUACAUACUCAUCAGUCCUCUUUAAACCAAAGGUUUGAUGUUCAGCCUCCCAAAAUUAACAGCAGAAUGACUCCAAGCCCUGAACCAACUACUAGCAAAUCGAGUUUCUCAAAAACAAAUUUAAAUCCAACCGAAAUAACAAAACCGGAUGGUUCAAAGGAGUUGAGAUUUUCCAAUGGUAAUAUAAAAUAUGUAUCUGCGGAUGGGAGAUACAGCAAAUUUAUUUAUUAUAAUGGUGAUAUCAAAGAGAAUUUUUACAAUGAAGGAAGAAUUAAAUAUUUUUAUGCAGAAAACAAAACAGUUCAUACCACACAUGCUGAUGGACUGGAAGUUCUAGAAUUUCCUGAUGGACAAACGGAAAAACGUUACAAAGACGGUUCUUCAGAAAUAAGACUACCGAAUGGAAGUAUCAGAUACUUUGAUCCCAAAAAUGAACAUGUCCGAGAGGAGUGGAGAUUCCCAGACGGUGCUACCAUGACAGUAUCAGCUAAUGGAGAGCAAAGAAUUGUGUUUCCUAAUGGACAAAUAGAAGUACAUACUAAAGAACAUAAGCGUCGUGAGUUUCCAGAUGGUACUGUAAAGUUGAUAUAUAAUGAUGGCACUUCAGAGACGAGAUAUUCAUCUGGAAGAAUUCGCAUUAAAGAUAAACAUGGUAACCUUAUAAUGGAUUCUGCCCCUGGCUGAAAAUUAUAUUGGAUUUUGUAAUAUUUAUGUGCCUUAUUGGAAGUGAUGAUGUUGACUGUUAUGUAAUUUAAAAACUAACCAUGUUGCCAAAUAUUUUUUACUA